AUGAAAAUGACAACUUCAGCAAGAAAGCAUUAUCAUAAUUGGAACCAAUCUAAUAGGUCGUUUAAUCAAUAGAAAUAUGAUGAUUUUGAGACCAAACCAUUCUUCGAUUAUUAAUUAAAUAAAUAAAAUGCUGAAGAUGUGAUGGUGAAUGUAAAAUAAAUGUUUUUGGACGGGAAACUAAUAUACUUCUUAGAAGAAUGUGGAAAUUUAUGUUCUAUCCCUUUUUGUAUGUUCAAAACUUUGUGAGAUCAAGAACUAUUA